GCUACACAAUUGAACGUGCCACUUUUAAUACCAUUUUCGGCAGUGCAACAGAGGAGAACGGAACGGUUUCGCAAAGACUCAUAUUUCGCGCAUUCGAGAAAGACAAAGUCCCACUGCUAAGUUAUAGUGUUCUGUGACAAGAAAAAAAGAAGAAUUUUAAUUAAAUAAAGACAAUGAUCGAUAAAAAGUAUUAUCGAGUGCCAUUUCUAAAAGGAAUAAUUUUAUUCUUUUAUGUGAUCCUACUAAGUAAAUCUGAAGAUGUGAUCGCACAGCCCUAUAAACAGCAACGCUGCUCCAGUCGCUUAGAAAAUGCUCUCGAACAUAUGCGUCGACGCAGUAUACCAGCGAAAAGUGGCCGAUCAUUUUCCGGUGAAACUCCAUACACUCUGUAUCAAUCUUUUUACGGUCAAAACAGUGAACCAGAAGAUGACUUCUAUUCUGGUGGCGAUCGAGGUUAUUAUGCAAAAAAUAUACAGCGUCAACCGCACAGCGAUUCAUCAUAUACGCAAGGAUUUGAAGAUUUAUAUUCCCCAGACUACAAUCGGCGUCAACCCCAUAAGUUAGCUGCCGUUUCCAGUGUAGAUGUUGAGGAUUUAAGAGUACGUUUACCUUCCAAAACAACUAGUGCGCGUUGGGUUGAAGUAGAUAAAUGCAGAUUUAGCACACAAAACUCAACACUCGACACACGCCUUAUAUUCCCCGAUUUAACGAUUAGUGGCAAAGUGGUAUUACAACCGACUGGUGGUAGAUGUCAUAUGAUUUUACGUUUGCGUCGAGCAGGUAUUGAAUUUCGCACAAUACCAAUUGGUUUUGAGAGUGCUGUAAAUGAGGAGUCACGACGUAUCGGUGCCGCUUCAGUGCGAACGGAUUCGCAUUUUGCCGAACCGGGAUUCAUAUCUGUUUUUGCGCAUGGCUGUCAAGGACCGCCAGGCGUGAGAUUGCGUCAAAAUUCGAAACGGCGAUUCAGUUUUGAAGGCGAACCAGUGAGUCAGGCAGCCGUAAAGCCGCCAGCUGUGGAGAUAUCAGAACCUCAUAUAGUUUUAGGCACAGCCACACAGUCACAAGCAACCGGUAAUCGUUGGCGUAAAUAUUAUAAUCCAUAUGCCUACGAUAUACGUAGUGACAAUUAUCAAAAAACAAAUCGUCGAAAAUAUGACCGUUACGGGCGGGAAACGUCAGAAGAGAAUAUCUUCUAUGAUGCAAAGGAGGGAGAAAACUUAUACGAUGCGAAUAUUCGUGAAAAACGCGAUAUGAAGAGUUAUCGGCGACAAAGAAGUCAAUCGACAUGGAAUGAUGAAUUCAACUUUGACGACGAUAUUCUCAACGUAUCGGAUGAUUUGCAAGAUUUAAUAGCUCCAGACGCCAGAGCUUUUGCUGAUCUCUUUCGAGAUUUCAAUAGUGAUCACGAAGGUUUUGAACGAGAAAAUGUGCGUGACAGAGAUGAGGUGGGAGAAGCAUUCUCGAGCGAAUUAGAGAAAAUAUUUUCAAUGGGUGUGCGAGGCUUAUUAACUACAUACAUGCAAAGAGCGCUGCAACCGGCAAUCAAAGAAACAUUAAUGGAAAAUAUGGGUUAUACGCUGAGUUAUGGCUAAGUGUUGCUACGCAAAUUAUUUCGCUAGAGAAGUGACA